AUGUCAAAGGUUCCUAGAGACUCUAUCUCUCCGGACAGCCGGGAUAGUGAAUAUCCUACUCUGUGCCUUGAUAGCAAGCAUGAGGCGUCCAUCCACUCAGCAACCGAUGAUACUCACAGCAUCCACCAGCCUCUGCUCUGGAGCCGACUUCGCGAGUAUUGUCGCGAUGCCUUCUCAGAGUUUUUCGGGACCAUGAUCUUGAUUCUAUUUGGAGAUGGUGUGGUCGCGCAAGUGUUGCUUAGCAAUGGCCAGAAAGGUGACUAUCAGUCAAUCUCGUGGGGAUGGGGACUCGGCGUCAUGCUCGGCGUAUACACAAGUGGUGCAUCAGGAGCACACAUCAACCCAGCCGUAACAUUUGCCAACUGCGUCUUCCGCGGGUUUCCCUGGCGGAAACUCCCCGUUUACGCCCUGGCCCAAGUCCUUGGCGCAAUGUGCGGUGCAGCCAUCGUCUACGGGAACUAUAAGUCAGCCAUUGACGUCUUCGAAGGAGGACCCGGCAUUCGAACUGUACCAGGGUACUCUACCACGGCCACGGCAGGCAUCUUCUGCACGUACCCGGCCGAUUUCAUGACCAAAACGGGCCAGUUCUUCUCCGAGUUUCUAGCCAGCUCUAUCUUGAUGUUCAUGAUCUUUGCCCUGAAAGAUAACGACAAUCUGGGCGCGGGGCCAUUGACACCGCUUUCACUGUUUUUUGUUAUUUUUGGUAUUGGCGCCUGUUUUGGCUGGGAAACGGGCUAUGCGAUUAACCUGGCGCGAGAUUUUGGGCCACGACUUGUGUCCUACAUGCUGGGUUAUGGGCAUGAGGUUUGGGCUGCAGGCAACUACUACUUCUGGGUCCCGAUGGUCGCUCCGUUCUUGGGUUGCACUUUUGGUGGCUGGAUCUAUGACUUGUUCCUGUACACGGGACUGGACAGCCCGAUCAAUACGCCAUGGAUUGGGGUCAAGCGGUUGUUUGGACCUUUUCACUGGAGGCGAGUGGUCAUGCCGAGCCCAGUGUAG